UGUUGAAACGAAUGUUUGCUUUCCUCUUUGAUCGUGACCCAAAAGAAGGCUUGAGUUUUCAUUUUCAUCUUUCAACUUAGAAAUUCAUCCCACUACUAGACUGUGUCUCACUCAGUCACAAAAUUCCUUUCAUCGGAAACAAAGCUAGGGCUUUUUCGUUUAUUGUUGGGUUGUUGUGUCCACCAAGUGCUUGCAUAAAUUCUGUGAGGGUUGUUUGUUUUUUUGUGGUUUUGGGAUUGAGAUUUGGUUUCUGGGGGGUGUUUGUUUUAAGAUAUCAAUCGAUCAGAAAGGAAAAGGAAGGAGGUUGGGAAGAUGAGCUGGCGCAGGGUGUUGAACUCAGCACAGGCCCUGGCCGCGCACACCUUCCUGUUGUGCUUCACUCUCUUCCUCGUUCUCAAACUUGAUCACGAUCUCUCUUGUUCUUGGUGGGUAGUAUUUUUACCUCUUUGGAUGUUCCAUGGUGUUGUGGCUCGAGGAAGGUUUUCAUUACCUGCACCAUCUGCUCCACGUAAUCGAAAUUGGGCACCAUGCCAUGCCGUCGUUGCAACGCCGUUGCUUAUUGCAUUCGAAUUGCUCCUUUGUAUAUAUCUUGAGAGCAUAUAUGAUCUUGGCUAUGCAGCAGUUGAUCUAAAGAUAGUGUUUCUUCCCUUACUAACAUUUGAAAUCAUUAUUCUCAUUGACAAUUUCAGGAUGUGUAAGGCUCUAAUGCCAGGGGACGAAGAAAACUUGAGUGACGAGGCAAUAUGGGAAACUCUUCCGCACUUUUGGGUUGCUAUUUCUAUGGUGUUCUUCAUUGCUGCAACAGUCUUCACACUCCUAAAAAUGAGCGGUGAUGUAGGUGCUCUCGGUUGGUGGGACCUGUUUAUUAACUUUGCUAUCGCCGAAUGCUUUUCUUUCCUUGUAUGUACAAAGUGGUCCAAUCCUGUAAUUCAUAGAAAUUCAAGAGAAGCCAGUAGUUCAUCUUCAACUACUAUUAGAUAUCUUGACUGGAACAGUGGUUUAGUGGUUUCUACGGAUGAAAAUCGAUCCGAGGGGAGAAUCUGUAGCCUUCAAGAGAUAGGGGGGCAUUUCAUGAAAGUACCAAUUAUUGUAUUCCAGGUUCUUCUCUGUAUGCAUCUAGAGGGAACACCUGCUUCUGCUGUAUAUAUACCACUUCCAGUUAUUUUCUCUCCGCUUUUCCUACUUCAAGGAGCUGGAGUAAUGUUAUCUGCAUCUAAAUUAGUGGAGAAACUUGUGCUUCUCCUUCGAAGUGGAGCUGCUGCAGGAAUUUAUUUUAGAUUUUCUUCAAGAGUUCAUGAUUGCUUGGGGUUCUUGCAUCAUGGUUCCAGAUUGUUGGGUUGGUGGUCAAUUGACGAAGGGAGUCGGGAAGAACAAGCACGAAUAUACCAUGAGGGAGCAUCUGGGUAUAAUACGUUCUGUGGUUAUCCUCCUGAGAUUGUUAAGAAAAUGCCAAAAAAGGAACUUGCUGAGGAGGUUUGGAGACUCCAGGCAGCUCUUGGUGAACAGACUGAAAUCACAAAAUUCAGCCAACAGGAGUAUGAAAGACUUCAAAAUGAGAAAGUGUUGUGCAGAAUUUGUUUUGAGGGAGAGAUUAACGUUGUAUUGCUCCCAUGCAGGCAUCGCGUUCUUUGCAGCACUUGCUCAGAGAAGUGUAAGAAGUGCCCGAUUUGCCGUGACUCUAUUGCCGAGCGUCUGCCUGUUUAUGAUGUUUAGAUGUUAACAUGGUUCUUUUUUUUUUUUAAGAGACCAUAGAGAAAGGGGCUAGAUAACAUGUUUUAACUGAGUGAAUCAAUCCUUGGUGCAGUUUUGGCGAUGAUAAUAUUGGACGCCAACUUGCUCACUGUCUAAUACAACAUCAAAAUGAUAGGAAGAAGAAUAGAGCAUCCCACUUUUGAAUUUAAUUUGUUUUGCAUUCACUCCCUUCUGUAAUUUGUAUAUAUAUACUCUAGCUUUUUACAGGCUUUACAAAUGAGUGUGAUGAGUGUUGAAUUAUA